AUGGCUGUAAAGAUUUGGGAGAGAACUAAUACGUUAGGUCUUAAGGGGAGAUCCCUUAGAUUGGCCAUUACCAUCACAGCUGUUACAGGUUUCUCUUUGUUCGGUUAUGAUCAAGGUUUAAUGUCUGGUAUUAUUACUGGUGAUGAUUUCAGUAAGGAAUUUCCUGCUGUCACAGCAGAAGGUGCUGGCUCAGAACAUUGGGCUACUGUUAAUCAAGGUGCAAUUACUUCAUGUUAUGAAAUUGGUUGUUUCUUCGGUGCAUUAUUUGCCUUGUUCAGAGGUGACAAAUUCGGAAGAAGGCCUAUGGUGAUUAUUGGUUCAUUACUUAUUAUUCUCGGUACAAUUAUUUCCACAGCAGCAUUUGGUCCACAUUGGGGAUUAGGACAAUUCGUCAUUGGUAGAGUUAUUACAGGAUUAGGUAACGGUAUGGAUACUGCUACUAUUCCUGUUUGGCAAUCUGAAGUCUCUAGAGCGGAAAACAGAGGUUUCUUAGUUAACUUAGAAGGUUCAGUUGUUGCAUUGGGUACAUUCAUUGCCUAUUGGUUAGAUUUUGGGUUAUCGUAUGUUGAGGGAGAACAUGCAUCUGUGCAAUGGAGAUUUCCCGUUGCAUUCCAAAUUUUUUUCGCUACUAUUUUAUUCUUAGGUAUCAUCAAUUUACCAGAAUCACCAAGAUGGUUAAUUGCUCACGGCUACAAAGAUGAAGCUCAUUAUGUAUUGGCAGCUUUAAAUGAUGUUGACAUUAAUGAUGAUUUAGUUAUUGCCGAAAGUACUGUUAUCACAGAUGGUGUCAACAGAUUUUCAAGAUCGCAAGUUGGAUUUAAAGAAUUAUUUUCUGGAGGAAAGCUGCAACAUUUUUCAAGAAUGGUCAUUGGUGCAUCUACUCAAUUCUUUCAACAAUUUACUGGAUGUAAUGCUUCUAUCUAUUAUUCGACUGUUUUAUUUCAACGUUUGAAUAUGCAAGAAACUUAUGAGAAGUUACCGUUGGUUAUGGGAGGUGUGUUCUCUACAGUUUACGCUUUAAUGACUAUUCCAUCUUUCUUCUUGAUUGAUAGGUUGGGUAGAAGAGCUUUAUUUUUGAUUGGUGCUGCUGGUCAAGGUUUAGCAUUCACUAUCGCGUUUGCAAGUUUGAUUAAGGAUGAUGGUGAAGAUAAGGGUGGUCAAAAAGCUGCUGCAUUUGGUAUCUUCUUGUUUAUUGCCUUCUUUGCCUUCACCAUUUUACCAUUACCAUGGGUUUAUCCACCAGAAAUCAAUCCAUUAAGAACUAGAACUGUUGCUUCUGCUGUUUCCACUUGUACCAAUUGGUUAACGAAUUUUGCUGUUGUUAUGUUUACUCCGCUUUUUAUGGCCGAAAGUCAGUUCGGUUGUUACUUGUUCUUUGCCCUUUUCAAUUACCUUUUCAUUCCAGUUAUCUUCUUCUUCUACCCUGAGACAGCAGGUCGUACUUUAGAAGAAAUCGAUAUUAUUUUUGCCAAAGCACAUGUUGAUAAGAGACAACCAUGGAGAGUUGCUGCUGCCUUGCCUCGCUUAUCCUUGAAAGAACAAGAAGAAGAAGGUAAUAAAUUAGGUCUUUUCGAUGAUUUCGAAAAGGAAGGAUUUGAACAAAGUGAAAAUAUUUCAUCUAAUACAUCUAACAAGUCACCUGAAGAAGGUUCAAAUGAUGAACCUUUAGUUAAACCUGCUGAAGUUUAG